ACUGGAAAGGCCGCCCCGCCCUCCCCGGACUUAAAGCCGCUCGGCGUCUGUUCCGGCUCGCCGUUGCUCCGCUGGUUGACAGUCUCAUUUCUCUAUCUUUUUAAAACAAUCUGUAAAACAUGGGUGAAGUCAACAAGAACUUGAGACGGACCUUCACCGCCUUCAACGUCUUAUUCGCGAUCGCUGGUUUGCUCAUCAUCGGACUCGCCUUCGUGCAUCAGGUCCUCACCAACUUCCACGCAGGAGACAAUGUGAGGACUGGGAUCUAUGGCCUCUACAUCAUAGGCACUGGUACCAUGGUGAUCGCCACCCUGGGAGCCUAUGGAGCUCACAAGAAGAGCAAACUCUGCCUGUCACUGUUCCUCGGUUGCAUGGUGACAGGAACUCUGAUGAUGCUCAACUAUGGAAUCCCUGCUGCCAUUUCCCGUCACCAGGUGGAAGAACUGAUUGAAAAUGACUUGCGUGCCAUGGUACCUCUGGACGACCAACCAGAGGAAUUAAAGAGCAUGAUGGACUCCAUCCAGAUACAGGCGCAAUGCUGUGGCCUGUUCAGCUAUGACAACUGGAGGAAUAUCCCUGAGUCCUGCAUGUGCAGCCCAGAGGCGGAGGACAGGUGCCAGUCAGUCAGCUACAGACAACUCUUAUUUGUUUACCCCAAGACCUGCCUCCCCUUCAUCAUGGAGAGAUUCCGGCUGAUUGUUGACAUCCUGAUCGGCACCAUCUUCACUCUGGCAGCGCUGGCGAUGCUGGGUACGAUCCUGUCGUCUGUCAUGAUACACCAGAUGAGUCGGCUCACUGCACCCACCCCCGUGUUCAAGGUGCCCCUCCCGUUCAACGUGCCCUCCAUCUUCAUACCAGCUACACCAAAGUACGAGGAGCUCAGCAAGGACCCUCCCGCCUACUUUUAGGACGCAGAGGAGCCGCAGCCCAAAGUGCCUUAAAUCACAGAUAAACAUGACGCACAGUCUGAAAUACCACUGGGUUUAUUCAUUCCAAUUAUUUUCAAGUGAUGCCUGGUUUGUUAUUGAUGACAGCAGCUGUAUGAGUUUGAUGUGACUUUAGUCUAGAAGCUGCCAUUUUUUAUUUUUUUUAUUGUUGCACUGAAAAGAUUUCUUCUUGUAAACUUUAAGUCCAGUAUCAGACUUUUUAGAUGUUUAUAUUGCGAACUGAAACUGUGGUUUCAAGUUAAUUAAAGAGAAAAAAAACAAAGGAAAACUGUGCUUUCCAAUAACAAACUGUUCUGAUGAGGGGUCAUGUGACCAUAGACAAAUACUCCCAGCAUGUCAAAAUGAUAGUGGACAAACACAGCAGCUCAACAGUUUCCAGUACAAACUUGUUUUUCAAACCAAGACAUGAAAUCGUUAAAAUGUCAUCUAAUCGGAAUCUAGGUCUGACUCGCAGUACGUCAUUAAACUUGAUCUGAACUUCUUA